AUGGACAGAGUUGUCCUUCUGCUGUCAGUCCUGUCUCUGGGCGUCUCCUCUCAGCCAAUCACAGACAGCCAGCAUCUGUUCUCCAUCGCUGUCAGCAGAAUCCAAAACCUCCACCUGCUCGCUCAGAGACUCUUCUCCAACUUCGAGAGUACACUGCAGACGGAAGACCAGCGUCAACUCAACAAAAUCUUCCUACAGGAUUUCUGUAACUCUGAUUACAUCAUCAGUCCCAUUGACAAGCAUGAGACACAACGCAGCUCUGUUCUGAAGCUGUUAUCGAUCUCCUAUCGAUUGGUGGAGUCUUGGGAGUUCUCCAGUCGCUUUCUGUCUGGAGGUUCUGCUCUGAGGAACCAGAUUUCACCCAGACUGUCUGAACUCAAGACAGGAAUCCAACUGCUGAUCACAGCCAAUCAGGACGGAGCAGAGAUGUUCUCUGACGUCUCGGCCCUCCAGCUCGCUCCAUAUGGAAACUUCUAUCAGAGUCUGGGAGGCGAAGAGUUGCUGAGACGAAACUACGAAUUGCUGGCCUGUUUCAAGAAGGACAUGCACAAGGUGGAGACGUACCUGACGGUGGCUAAAUGUCGGCUCUCUCCAGAAGCUAACUGCACCCUGUAG